CCACCAAGUUGACCAACAUCCUCCCGUCAAAGUUUGCACGGGGAUACGCAAACGCGUCGCUUCAUUCCUUGAAUCUGGCAAGCUAGGAGCACCAACACGGGGUGGGACAUUCCGACGUCCGUGAGCCGUUCUUGUCGAGGAAACUCGAAUAGAAAUACCUGCCCUUCAUCACCACUAUUGCCCAUUUUACCUGGGCGUAGCGUAACACCCAUUGAGGACAAAGCCAUGGCAGCAGGCGAAAUCACCACGACGCUCGCGACGCGCGACCCUCAAGAUGGGCUAGCAUGGGAUGAACAGCUCUUCGACAGCGUGCCAGUGUGGACAAAGCAGCCAUCCGAGGCUGCGAUCAAACGUACCUGCUGCAAGCACUUCGGUCUUCCGGACAACGAACCCACUUGCACCAUCUCCUUCUUCUCAUCUGGCGCCUUCAACAAGCUCUAUUUGGUCACCGCUAGGCACGAGAAAGCAUUGAUGCGCGUCUCUCUUCCCGUCUACCCUACAUUCAAGACCCGAGGCGAAGUCACAACGCUCCGUUGGGUCAAGGAGAACACCAGCAUUCCUGUGCCGAGGGUGCUCGCGUUCGACGACACAAACAACAACGACAUAGGCUUCGAGUGGAUCCUCAUGGAACUCAUGCCAGGCAAGACCGCGUACCGGAAUUGGAGGGCGAUUUCCAUGGAGCAGAAGAAGUUUUUGGCGGAGACGAUCGCAGACUACCAGGCCCAGCUCGCUCGCGCAGCUGCCAGGCAUGGUCUUGACGCGAUCGGCACACUGUCGAAGAACGAGGCGUCCACCAACGGGCGGCCCGAAAUAACCUCGGCUGAGCCCAGAAUUGUCCCAUCUCGACUUGUCACACAUGAGUUCUUCCUAGGAAAUCGUCUCAAGCUCGAUGUGCCCCAUGGCCCAUUCCGCUCAAGCCAGGAGUGGAUUACGACACUGCUGGAUAUGAUCGUUCGAGAGCAGACCAAUAUCGCGAAUGAGAUCGCAGACGACGAGGACAGCGACAAGGAAGAAGCUGAGGAGAUCAUAGAGGUCGCCAAGAGGCUGCUUCGCGUCUUGCCGAAGGUAUUCCCGGAGCAGAAGUCGCAGAAGGACAGUGAUAACGCCAUCAGCACUACCGAGCGGACUUACCUCUACCACGACGAUCUGAAUCUGAAGAACAUCCUACUAGACAAAGAUGGAGACAUAUCCGCUAUCGUGGACUGGGAAUGCGUGUCUGCUCUUCCCCUAUGGAUGAGCACACGGAUGCCCCAAUUUCUUCGUGAUGAUGAGAGGUGGGAGGAGCCGAAUCCGGAUCAGUACGCUCCGGAUAAUGAAGACUCCAGGAUACCUGGGGAACCAAGUGGCGACGGGGAAGAUGCUCUCGAUAACGAGGGGAAGGCAGACCUGUACUGGAUUCACAGGGGUGAAUACGAAGCAACAGUACUCGGCAAGGCGUACCGAGAGAAGUUGGGGGAGCUCUGGCUGGGGUGGGAGAAAUUGAGAGAAGAGGGCUUCCUCAAGGUUUACAUGUACGAGGCAGUGCUGUCAUGCGCAAGUGGAUUCUUUCUCAGUGGUAUAUCUCGAUGGAUCGAUGCUAUCGAAGCGGGGACAGUUGUUCGGGAUGGCAAAGUAUUGUCCUGGGUGGAUGCUUGAGGUUAAUGACGAUGAUUUCUCAACCCAUCUAGGGUGCUGUUAAAGCUGGAAGAUACCUUUACAGAGAACGGCUUCGUAUAUGGUCUUUGGAAGGUGAUCUCACAACGACCAGCUUUCGUCAUGUAGGAGGGGAACGCUGAAUAAUCGAAAUCAUAGUUGAACCGUAAUGCAGCAAGUCACCGAAGUAGAGCUCCGUACUCAACGCUUAAUUUUAACUAACGCCCUGCUCGGCCA